AUGGUUGGGUUUAGAAAUAAAGCAAAACGAAAGCCUGCAGCAGGUCAAGUUAAUGAAGAAAAUGACAGGAAGCGCACUAUGCCAAAAAAGCCUGGGAAAAGUCUAAAUAUCAAGAUGAAACAGUUAGGAGAAUCGGACAGCACAAGCGUAUCCUCGACGAGUGUAGCUCCGCAAGGUUCGCAUAAGAAAUCAUGGCGUCUGAUAAUUCGCAAUCUUCCUUUCAAACUAAAUGGAAGAAAAGUCGCUAUAGAUUGGGCAAUUGAUAAAGACACUUAUGAAACGGCUUGUCAUGAAGCUAAACUUGGUAAGGCAUCUUCAAGUGAAGGGUUAGAAGAGCUGUCCAAAACAAGGUCUACGAAUGAUAGUGCUCAAAUGGAAGUCGAUGAGGGUGCUAGCGAUACUAGUGAUGUAGAAGAAGCCGUUGAUGUGGAGGAUAGCGAAAAUGUAGAAGUCUCAACAGAAACAAAAGAACAUUCAGCAGAAUGGAGAAAGAGACCUGAUAAAGCUCUUUCAGAAGGAAGAGUUGUUUUUAUUAGGAAUUUAUCAUACGAAACUACUGAAGAUUCCUUGAAAGAUAGCUUAGAACGGUUUGGGAAAAUUAAUUUGGCAAUUAUUUGUCGUUACAGCGAUAGUGACCACUCAAGAGGUACUGCUUUUGUGCAUUUUACAUCUCGCACUGAUGCUGAUAACUGUCUUGCCGCAUUUGAAAACGAACCUGGUGUUUUUAUAGAUGGGAGAAAAGUUUAUGGAAAUCGUGCUGUUUCGAGAGAAGAAGCAACAAACCUUGAAAAGCGUAAGUUGGAGAAGAGGCCUAAAGAUAAACGCAAUUUGUAUUUACUACGAUCAAGCAUGAUUCGUCCAGGCACGGUUGCUGCCAGAGGAAUGAGUAAAUUCGAUGCGGAAAAACGAACAAAGCUUGCCUUAGCCACGCGUCAAAAACUUAAUAAUUUACAUAUGUUUAUUUCGCCUAUACGGUUGUUAAUUCAUAACAUUCCACCCUCUCUUGAUGAUCGAGCACUUCAGAGUAUCUGCUUUCUUGCUGCUGGGAAUCCGGAAGCAAAUAUCACUGAAUGCCGUAUUUGGAGAGACAGAAAGAAACUGGACGAUAAGGGUGUAGGCCGCUCCACAGGUUUUGGCUUUGUGGCAUUCUCCCAACAUAAGGAUGCACUCAGUUGUUUAAAGGAGUUGAACAAUAACCCUAAAACUUUUUCGAAUGAGAGGAGGCCUAUCGUUGAGUUUUCCGUAGAAAAUAUGUCAGUAUUAAAACUGAAACAAAAAAGGCUGGAAAUGAGUAGGGCGGGGAAACGUGUAAAUGGUAGUAAGACUGACGAAGCUCAGAACAGAAGGGAUCUCGCGGAAACGAAGAGAUUGUUGGCUGCGGGAGGGCAAAAACCCUUUCCAUCACAUUUAGGAACUAAAACAAGACAUCAGGAUGGGAAAAGGAAGUCGAUGUCAAAAAAGAAGGGUUCAAAGCGACAAAUGGGUGGGCACAAUCUUCCAACUAAUGGCAAAAGAAACAACGCUAAGAAGGCAAAAUUUAGUAGCAAGAAGCUGCUGACAAAAUAUCUUACCUUUUCCUGA